AUAACAAAAUUAAAUGAUAAAACUUUUGAAUUCGUUUUCUACAAUAGAUGCUGUUUAGCCAUUCACAUAUAACAUUAUUAAGCAGCUAAACAACUUGCAUGGAUGGCAGUUUAUCCUUCUAGUCAUUCUUGAUAAGUUUUUCAUUUUUCACUCAAAUUUUUUUAAUAGCUUAACUAAAUUAAUGCUUUGUUUUAGAUGUUUUUUUAGACGUGCAAAGAUAUCAACUUUAUUAAACGAUUAUGUGCAAUUUCCGAAAAUUUUAGCUUUAUAUAAAAGUUUAAAAUUUUUUAAAUUUCUCUUCAAAAGAUUUUUGUUGUCAUAAAUGUGGAUGUGAGAGGCUGUGUAUGACAGCAUGCAACCUUAAUCAAACUUUUAACCUGACAAAGUGUCUCAUAACUUGUAAAAAUUAUAAUUUGUGUGAACUUGGUUGUUUGUUCUACAGUCAUAUUAAAGAAAAUGACACAGGAAAAUUCAUGCUUAAUGAACAAAACCAGUUUGAUAUCAAUUCUAUGCUUGAAAUAAUUCCAAUGAAAAAUAUAAGCUCAAAUGUUGCAUUUCAGUGGACAAAUAUUUUUUCAAAAAUUGCUUUCAUAAAAAGUAUCUACUUGAUAACUAUUACUUUAGUAAAUGGGGGAAACUCAUUGGAAGUUGUGAUAGGUUUAACCAUUGAAAAUAUUCUUAAUAUAAGAGAGCAGCUUGUUUGCAGUAAUAAGAAUGGAUUUGGAAAUUUUGAAAUUGAGUUUCGAAUAAAUAUUUAUCCGAUAAAUUUUAAUGGAUACAAUGAAUUAUUGAAGAUGUCUUCUAACUUUACAAAAUGUGCAAAUGACUCAAGUUAUGAUUCAACUUGUAUUUAUCUUAAUGUUACUCAUUCUCAAAACAGCAGCAUACAACCAGUUGUUCUUCCUACAGGUUAUAUUAGCAAUAAAGCCGAGUUUACUUUGGAUAAAGGUUUAUUGCUUGGAACACUCUUUGUUUUAAAAAAAGUGUAUACUGUGUCUUUUAAAGUUAAACCCACAAAAUACAGCAAAUGUUUAAAAAGUGUUCUUCAUUUGACAUUGGGUCAAGAUUUUAUUUAUCACGGUGAUAGAACUCCUGGUGUUUGGUUUCAUGAAGAUGGUUCUGGAAAACUUGUUAUUUUCAAUGCAGUGAAUGCCAAUGCCAACUAUCUUGUCGAAACAGCUCCUCUUGCUUUAGAUAAAUGGUCUUCUGUUAAAAUUUCUCAAAUUAUGCUUGGUAAUAAAUAUUGGUAUUCUGUUGACUUAAAUGGAGUCAAUAUUCAUCGAACUGAAAAUUCCAAUGCUAGAGAUUUUCAAAAUGUAAAAGUGUAUGCCUCUGAUCCUUGGUAUGAUGCUCAAGAUGGUUCUAUGACUGACCUUUUAAUUAUUAAUGGAACACCAGAGUUUCUUGUUGGUAAUACCCCUACUCCAUUGUUGAAAGGAAAAUUAAUUGCUGAAAUACCAAAGCUUGAUAAGGAUUAUUUAGUUUCACUUGACUUUUUUCCAAAUAAAAUUAUUCAAGGUUCGCAUGGUAUUAUUUAUUUUUCUUAUGGUUCUAACUAUGGAGUUCUUGGCAUCUUGUGUUGUGAUUAUGGAAAACUUCUAGUUAUGACGCCACUUUAUGGUUACUUUGAUGUAUUCAUUUCAAACUAUUAUCCCUUUACUACCACAAAUCAAAUAAAAGUAUUUCAGUGGUUGAACAUUGAAAUAGCUCAAAAUUUAAUUGGCACAAAUUAUGUAUACACAAUCAAAAUAAAUGGAGAAACAGUUUUUACUAAAGUUAACAAAAAAGCUCAAAGUUUUGAUAAUGUUAAAGUAUAUGCUUCUGAUUUUCUUGAAUUCUUUGACACUCAAGAUGGUUCUGUGAAAGACUUUUUUAUCAUCAACGGCAUAUCAAACAGCAGCAUGCAGCCUAUUGUUGUUCUUCCUAAAGAUUUUAUCAUCUAUAAAGAAGAGAUUAAUCUAACUCAAGGUUCAUUGCUUGGAACUCUUAAUGUUUUAAAAAAGGUGUACACUGUUUCUUUUAAUGUAAAACCAUUAAAUUACUCUAUAGGUAUAAAAAAUGUACUUCAGUUAACUUUAGCUAAUGAUUUUGGAGAUUACGGUGAUAAAAAUCUAGAUGUUUACUUUCAUAAAGAUGGUUCAGGAAAGCUUGUUAUAGUUGCUGCAGUAAAUAGUAGUACUAACUAUUACAUUGAAACAUCACGUCUUCCACUGAGUCAGUGGUCCUCCAUUAAAAUUUAUCAAAGUUUACUUGACAAUAAGUAUUGGUUUUCUGUGGAUUUAAACAAUGUUAAUAUUUAUAAAGUAGAAAACUUAGAUGCAAGAGAUUACAAGAACAUAAAAGUGUAUGCCUCAGAUUCUCGGCAUGAUACUCAAAAUGGUUCUAUCUCUGAACUUUUGAUCAUCAAUGGGAAUGCAGAGUACAUAAUUGGAAAUAUUCUUACCCCGUUAGUACAAGGACAGCUAAUUACUGAAAUACCAAAAUUUGAUAAAGAGUAUUUAAUUUCAUUUGACAUCAAUCCUAAUAAAUUUGUUAGUGGUUGGCAUAAUGUUGUUUCUUUUAUUAUUGGUUCUGAAAAUAAAUAUAAAGGAUAUAAAAUACCUUGCAUUUUGUUUCAUAAAGAUGGUGAUGGAAAACUUCAAGUUGUAUCUCCAGUUAAUGGCAUACGUGAUUACUAUUAUAAUAGCAAACCAAUGAGUUUACAAAUUUGGUCGAACAUUGUUAUAAGUCAAAUUUUGAAAAAUGAUGUUUAUGUGUACUCAAUCACAAUUAAUGGACAAGUUGUUUCUACCGUUAUUAAUAAUGAAGCUGAAACUUUUGAUAAGGUUAAGGUGUAUGCUUCUGACCCAGAAUUUGAAGUUCAAAAUGGUUCUAUAAAAAAUUUGUUUAUUGUUAAUGGGAUAUCAAAUAGUGAAAUGCAACUUGUUUUACUUCCUACAGAUUACAUCUACAACAGAGAAGAGUUUAUUCCUACCCCAGGCUUAUUUCUUGGUACACUCAAUGUUAUGAUGAAGGUGUACACUGUAUCUUUUAGGAUUAAACCAAAAAAAUACACAAAAGUCUUAAACAAUAUUCUUCAUUUAACUUUGGGAAAAAAUUUUGGAUCUUAUGGCGAUAGAAACCCAGGUGUUUGGUUUCAUGAGGAUGGCUCUGGAAAGCUUGUUAUUUUUGCUGCAGUGAGUGGUAAUGCUUCAUACUACAUUGAAACUCCUCCUCUUAGUUUGGGCCAAUGGUCUACUGUUAAAAUUUAUCAAAGUAUGCUAGGUGAAAAGUAUUGGUUUUCUAUUGAUUUAAAUGGAGUUAAUAUUCAUAGAGCAGAAAAUCAUGAUGCCAGAGAUUUCAAUAAUAUAAAAAUUUAUGCAUCAGAUGUUUGGUAUAAUGCUCAAGAUUGUUCAAUAAUUGACUUACUGAUUGUAAACGGAAAAGCUGACUACCUUGUUGAAAAUAUCCCAACUUCGUUAGUUAAUGGAAAAAUAAUUGCGCUGAUACCAAAACUUGAUAAAGAGUAUAUGAUUUCAAUUGAUAUUUAUCCUUAUAAGUUUUCUUUUUCAUGGCAAGAUGUGAUGAGUUUUGUUGUUGGAACUGAUGAUAUUAAUAGUCAAAAUUGGUAUAAAACUCAUUUUAUUUAUUUUCAUCAAGAUGGAGAUGGAAAACUUCAUAUUAAAAUUCCAUCUAAAAGCAAACCUUAUAGAGUUUAUAAUACAAAACCUAUUGCACUAAAUCUAUGGUCAAACAUAGCAAUACUUCAAACACUUAAAGACUCAAAAUAUACAUUCACAAUUAAAUUGAAUGACAAAGUUGUUUUAGUUGAUGUUAACAGUUAUUUUGAAAACUUUGGAAAUGUCAGUAUAUAUGCAUCAGAUCCAACAAUGGAUAAUGCAGAUUGUUUGAUAAAAAAUUUUUUUGUUAUCAAUUAUAGUGACAUGCAACCUGUUGUUCUUCUUCCGACAGGUUAUAUCAAUUAUAAAAAAGAGUUUACUUUGACUCGAGGUUCAUUGCUUGGAACUCUAAAUGUUUUGAUGAAAGUAUACACUGUUUUUUUCAAAAUAAAUCCAUUAAAUUAUACUAAAGGGUUAAAAAGUGUUCUUCAUUUGACAUUGGAUAACGGUUUUGAAUCUUAUGGUGAUAGAAAUCCAGGUGUUUGGUUUCAUGAAGAUGGUUCUGGAAAGCUUGUUAUUUUUGCUGCAGUGAGUGGUAACGCUUCAUACUACAUUGAAACUCCUCCUCUUAGUUUGGGCCAAUGGUCUUCUGUUAAAAUUUAUCAAAGUAUGCAAGAUGGAAAGUAUUGGUUUUCUGUUGAUUUAAAUGGAGUUAAUAUUCAUAGAGUGGAAAAUUUUGAUGCUAAAUAUUUUAAUAACAUAAUAGUUUAUGCUUCAAAUCCUUGGUGUAAUGCUCAAAAUGGUUCCAUUGCAAAUCUUUUGGUCAUUAACGGAAACAUUGAGAACCUUAUUGAUGAUGUUCCUACUUCAUUUGUGAAAGGAAAAAUUGUUGCUGAGAUACCAAAGCUUGAAAAAGAGUUUUUGGUUUCAUUUGAUGUUAAUCCUUAUAGGUUUCUUCCUGACUGGCAUAAUGUAAUUCAUUUUACAACUGGUUAUAAUUAUGGUCAUUUUGGUGAUCGAGUUCCUUCGAUUUCAUUUCAUGAAAAUGGUGCUGGAAUUCUAGAAAUUGUAUCAUCCAUUAAUGGUUACUAUAAUUGGAAAGUUAACACAAAUCCAAUUGAAAAAAACCAGUGGUCGAACAUAGAAAUUAGUCAAAUUUUAGAAAGGUCUCUUUAUAUAUAUAAAAUUAGAAUAAAUGGAGUAGUUUAUUAUUCUGUUACAAAUAACCAAUCUCAAUCUUUUGAUAAUGUCAAAGUGUAUGUUUCAAAUCCAUGGUAUGAUGCUCAAGAUGGAUCAAUAAAAAAUUUGUUUGUCAUAAAUGGCAUUAUAUAUAGCAGCUUGAAACCUAUUGUUAUUCUUCCUGCAGAUUAUAUAAAUGAGAGAAAAGAAUUUACUUUGACUCAAGGUUCAUUACUUGGAACGCUUUAUGUUUUGCUAAAAGUGUACACAGUUUCUUUCAAUGUGAAACCCAUGAAUUUUACUGUAGGCUUGAAUAGUGUUGUUCAUUUAACUUUGGGAAAUGAUUUUGGAGCUUAUGGUGAUAGAAAUCCAGGUGUUUGGUUUCAUAAAGAUGGCUCUGGGAGUCUUGUGAUUUGUGUAGCAAUAAAUGGUAAUGCCUCAUACUGUAUUAAAACAACUCCUCUAACAUUGGGUAAAUGGUCUUCUGUUAAAAUUUACCAAAGUAUGCAAGGUGGAAAGUAUUGGUUUUCUGUUGAUUUAAAUGGAAUUAAUAUUCAUAAAGUUGAAAAUUCUGAUUCUAGAGAUUUCUACAAUAUGAAAGUGUAUGCUUCAGAUCCAUGGUACAAUGCUCAAAAUGCUUCCAUAAGUGAACUUUUAAUUAUUAAUGGAAAAAUUGAGUACCUUGUUGAUAAUAUUCCAACCUUGUUAAUGAAAGCAAAAAAAAUUGCUGAGAUACCAAAACUAGAGAAAGAAUUCUUGAUUUCAUUUGAUGUUAUUCCUUAUAAAUUUGAUCUUGGUUUGCAUAAUGUUAUUCAUUUUACUAUUGAUUCAGAUAAUGGUCGUUAUGGAGAUAGAGUGCCUUGCAUUUCAUUUCAUGAAAAUGGGUAUCUUCAAAUUGCUGCUUCAAUUAAUGGUUACAAUAGUUGGUAUUUUAAUAUAGAUCCUAUUGAAUUAAAUCAGUGGACAAACAUUGAAGUGACUCAAGUUUUAAAAGACACAUUUUACAAGUAUACAAUCAAAAUAAACGGUGUUGUUUAUUCUGUUUUUAACAAUCAAUCUCAAAGUUUUGAUAAUGUAAAGGUAUAUGCUUCUGAUCCAUGGUCCGAAGCUCAAAAUGGUUCAAUAAAAAACUUUUUUAUUAUAAAUGGCAUCUCAAAUACCAGUCUUCUACCUAUUGUUAAUUUUUCUGCAGUAUUACCACUUGCACAAGGUGCUGGAAACAGUUUAUCAUCUGCAAAAGGUUCAGUAAAUAACAAACUUUACAUUACCGUUCUUGCAAUAUCAGUUCCUGUUUUAUUUAUUGUAACAAUAUUUGUUAUUGUUGUCCUGUUGAAAGUUCACAGAAAAAAAGUCAAGUCUCUUCAAUCAAUAUGGAGACCCGAAAUUUAUAAAAUUGAAAACUGCAUUGGUUUUGAUGUAUUACCCAAGGAUGACUGGGAGAUUUUUCCAGAAAAUAUCACCUUAGAUAAGAAAAUUGGUGAAGGAGCUUUUGGUACUGUUUUCAAUGCUAAAAUUAGUGCAAAAGUUCUUGCUAAAACAAAAAACUGUAACCAAAUAUUACCAUUGUUUGAUAACAAAGAAGAUUCAACUUUUUAUGUUGCUGUUAAACUUUUAAAAGAUGGUGCUAACCAAUCAGAAUCUGAUGAUUUUUAUGAAGAAAUUAGUCUAAUGAAAGGAAUUGGAUAUCAUAAGAAUAUUGUAAAUAUUAUUGGUUGUUCCACAAUAAAGAAACCUUUGUGUUUAAUUGUUGAGUUUAUGGAGAAUGGAGAUUUAUUGCAGUUUUUGAGAAGUCGACGCAACAAAUUUUAUGCAUCAAAAAUGGAUGGUGUUCCAAGUGUCAGCUUUAUGUACACUGAGAGCUACCAACAGACUCUUGAGACAACAAUACAUGAGGAUGGUGCCUCUGAAAGUAUGUCAUAUGAGACUCCCCUAGAUAAAAAUGGGCUAAUAACUCCACAUGAUUUAAUUAGUUUUGCAUGGCAAGUUGCAUCUGGAAUGGAAUAUCUUAUAUGUAACAAACUAGUGCAUCGAGACCUUGCUGCAAGAAACAUAUUGGUAGGUGCUGAAAAAAAUGUAAAAAUAUCAGACUUUGGUCUGACACGAAAAGUCAAUGAUGAAUUAAAUUACAUGAGCAGCAAAAAUCGUCGGUUACCAGUGAAGUGGAUGUCCGUUGAAGCCAUAUUUGAUCAAGUAUUUACAUCAUGUAGCGAUGUGUGGGCAUAUGGCGUUGUUUUAUUUGAAAUCGUCACGCUAGGAGGGACACCUUAUCCAAGUAUAAGUAACCGUGAACUUCUCACUCUUUUGAAAUCUGGUUACAGAAUGAGUCGACCAGAAAAUUGUUCUGAACCGAUGUACGAUAUCAUGUUGCAAUGUUGGAAUGAAGAUCCAUUACAGAGACCUACUUUUACAGAUUUACGUGAGCGUUUCGAUAAAAUUAUGUCUCAGGGAGACAGUUAUUUUAACUUUGAUAUUGACGAUAAAAAUGUUUACUAUAAAGCUGCAUCGUUUAACAGUCUUCCUGCUGAAUCAAAUGAUGGUGAACUUGAAGAAAAUAUCUUCCAAAAACCUUUGAACAUAAAAUCAAUUGGAGAAGUUGAAAAAAUUAACGAUGAACCUAUUUCUUUAUUAAACGAAAGAUACACAAAUCAGUUGAACGUAAAAUCAACUGAAGAAGUUGAAAAAAUUGAUGAUGAACCUAAUUCUUUAUUAAACAAAAGAUACACAAUAUCAAGAGAAUUAUGCAAUUAAUUUUGGUUAACCAUUUGUAUAAUAAUUCUUUAUACAAUAUAUAUGUGUAUAAUAUA